AUGGUCACACUGGCAUUGUUAUUGUUGCCGGAAUUCUACACGUGCCUUGGAAUCGUGUUGAUUUUUGUAAAUACUGAAAAGUGAACUCAAAGAUGGGCAGCACCCGGUUCUUCCUGGCGGAUCUGCCGUCCAGGACCUCGGAGGCGGACCUGCGCGGCCUGUUCCAGGACUACGGCCAUGUGGAGCAUGUGGAUCUGAAGCGGAAGGAGCAGGAUGGGGCGACCAAGGUGAUCGCCUUCGUCACCCUGCAGACGGAGGAUGCCCAGUACUGCGUCAACGAGCUCAACUGGCAGAAGCUGCAUGGGGACCACCUGCGGGUCUCCUUGGCCAAGGAGUCCUUUCUGGACAGACUGAAGCGCGAGCGCGAGGAGAACCAGCGACGGGAACAGGGCGAACCAGUCGAGACCGAGGUGUUUGCGGAAAGCUCCCAGCUGCUGGCAAAAAGCAACCAGAACAAGCGCAGGGUCUUCGGCGAAGACGAGGAGAUCGGCGACGACGAGAUCGCUCCGGAGCUGCUGAUCACCAAAAAGCGAGCCGCUAACUCCAUACACAAUGGCAAGAUUGUCAUACAGCAGGAGCACGACGCAAAGCCGCUCCACGUCAUCGAGCAGCACCGCAAGCCAGCCAAGCAGCUUCCGGACGCCAAGGUCAGCCAGGCGGAGCAGAAGCGCAUGGAGUCGCUCAAUAAGAUGCGACAGGGGCACCAGCAGAAGAAGUCUGCCAUCCAACUGGCACUAUCCGCGAUAUCCGGCGAAGGAGGCCAGGCAAAGAGGAUCAAGUUCAGCGACGACGAGGAGGAGACAAAGCCCGUCCAAAAGUCCAAGUCGCAAAAACGAGAUCUCUUCGAGGGCGACGAAGACGAGGAGGAGGCCGGGCAGGUCGUCCUGCCGCAGCACAAGGGCAAGAAGGGCGAGCGUCUGGUGGAGAUGCAGAGCAAACAGAGCAUAGAUCCCCGCUUUCGUAUCACAGCCAACUUUGUGGACGAGGAGGAGGAGGAGCAGGAGGCGGAGCUGGAGGGCUCUGGCGACCAUGGUGGUGAUCAGCCAGUGCCGGUGGAGAGCGAACGGCAGUGGCAGAUGGACAUUCUGGAGCAGGUUGUGGGACACAAGAUUGCCGGGGCCAACGAUGGCAAGCCGGUCAAAGGCAAAAAGAUGUUGCGCUUCGAUCCGGCCAAGGAGGACCAUCAGAAGCUAGUGCGCCAGAAACUGCCCAAGGAUGAGGAGGCUCCCAAGACCAAGGAUGCAAAGGCCAGCAACAGUAGUGAAGCAGUCCAGGCCCCAGUCUCGAAAACGGCCUUCUACAUGGUCACCGACACCCUGAAGCAUUCGCUCAACACCCGGGGCGAGGGCUUCAGUCUGCUGGACAUGUUUGGCAGCGCCCCCGACGAGGAGGUGGCCAAGCGCCAGGACCAGCUGGAGAAGCUGGGGCACGAGAAGAUCCUGGUGGGCAAGGCUUCCGCCAGCAAGCUCGGCCUGGACACGCUCAAUCCCUUCUCCUACGACUCGUCCGACAGCGAGGACGAGGCGAAACCGGCCCAAGAAGAGCCAGAACCGGAGGCCAGCAAGGAAAAUCAGGCCCAGCCAGUGAAGAAGACCAAGCAGAAGAAGAGCAAGAUCAAAUUGGAGUCCUUCUUCAUACCCAAAAACGAUCCUCGGCUAAAAGAGGGCGCCAAGUUCUUCAAGUCCGCAAAGACGGAGGUUGACCAGGCCGACUACGACCAGGUGCGAAACCGCCUGAAACUGCUCAUCAGCAACAAGAUCGCCAAGACCAAGAAGAACCUGCCCAGCAAGGACAUCAGACAGUACCGGAAUAAGAAAGCGAAAUAAUAAUCCCCUUGGGCUGAUCCUUAGGCUAACU